GAAGUCUUAUUUCCAGUAGUAUUUACUGGAAAGAAAAAAUACUACGGCAUCCCACAUAGAAGAGAACCUAACUUUAAUAAUAAGCUUUUCAUUCGAGGGGUUGAGAUUGUAAAGCGAGGGCAGUCUAAACACUUUCGUGAGGUAGGUAAGAAGGUCAUGGAUGAAUCUAUGAAGGUGAAUAAUUCACGUACCUUACAUCAGAUUGUAGAGGACGUGCUCAAAGAGAUCAUAAAUGAUAUUUUACAGAUAGACCUUAAUACGAUGGUUAAAACUGCUGUGUGGAAGCCCGAUAAAAAUAACAAGAGUGUUCAGCGUUUCAUUUCACGAAUGCGAGAUAGACAUACUCGUGAAGAAGCAGAUGCCAAACAGUGCAUAAAAAAGGGUUUAACACCCGAGCCUUAUCUUUAUGAAAUUCCAGAACCAGGCGAACGCUUUGAGUAUAUUGUAGUUGAGAAUGAUUCAUCACAGAGGGUAGGUGAUAAAAUGGAGUACCCAGAAGUGGCCAGACAACUUGGUAAAAAGAUCGAUAUUAGUUAUUAUUUGAAUAGCGUUGUCAGCCUCUGUGCAUGUUUUAUAAAUUAUGAAGAUAUAUAUCAACCACCACCUGAAGCUGUGCUGGAAGCCUUAAAAAAGUUAAAAAGAUG